AUGGCAUCCUUCCUGUCAUCGCGUCUCGUGCGCGUCUCCGCACCCCUUGCCCAUCUCCGGGCAACCGCAGUGCCAACCCGGGUCUUCAUCUCUCGAUACAGCACCGAGGCCGAGCAAGACGUCAUCAAAAUCCAACAGAUCCCAGCCCCAGGCUCAGGGCAUGUACGUGUCCUCCAGCUCAACCGACCUAAAGCCCGCAACGCGAUCUCGCGCCAGCUUCUCGACUCGCUGUCGAAGCAAGUCGACGCCAUCGCCGCAGAAGGAGGCAAUGGCCCAACCCGCGCGUUGGUGAUUGCCAGUAAUGCAGACGCGGCAUUCUGCGCCGGCGCAGAUUUAAAGGAACGCGCCGGCAUGUCGCAGGCCGAAACCGAAGACUUCCUCCUCAAGCUCCGCGCCACUUUCAGAGACCUCGCCUCCCUUCAAAUUCCUACGAUCUCCUCCGUCUCCUCCAUGGCCCUUGGCGGCGGCCUGGAGCUCGCACUCUGCACCCACCUCCGCGUAUUCGCUUCCUCCAGCCUUGUCGCCCUCCCCGAGACCCGUCUCGCGAUCAUCCCUGGUGCAGGAGGUACCUACCGACUGCCUGCCGUGGUCGGGGUGAAUCGCGCCCGGGACAUGAUCCUGACUGGCCGUCGGGUGACGGGCCCCGAGUCUUACUUCAUCGGACUGUGUGAUAGACUGGUCGAGGUGCUGCCCGAGGAAGAAGCCCAGGAAAGCGUCGCACGUGAGAGAGUCUUGCGUGAGAGCAUCAAGCUGGCGCUGGAUAUCUGUGAAGGUGGUCCCAUCGCCAUCAAGAUGGCGCUGCAGGCUGUCGACGCCCAUGCCCUGGGUGAGCGGGCGGAGAAUGCUGCAUACGAGGGAGUCGUCGAGACGGAUGAUCGGUACGAGGCGCUGCGCGCCUUUGUCGAGAAGCGGAAGCCGGCUUUCCGUGGCCGGUAA